GUUCCGCCUCCCGGCCCCGCUCCUCUCCCUGGAUCCGCAGCUGCACUGGCUCGGGCACGGCGCUUCCUCCGCGGUCCGGGCUCCGGACUGCGCCGCCGGUGUGGUCCGCUCUUCCUGCCCCAGCCCGGCCGGCCCCUCCGCGCCGUCCGUGGACGCGUCCCCGACAAAGGCCGCUGCCGCUGUGCCAACCAUAACAUUGAACUGCUCCAGUUACCUGCCCUUACCUGGCCGACACCCUCCUUGCCCUGAGCACACACCUGAUCGCUGACAAGGCUCUCUUCCUGCUAACGGGCCACCCAUACCUGUGGACUUCAAGGACCCCUGUGGGAGUCCGUCUUAGGAUAAGCAGAGUGUCCUGAAGAGAGAGAUACUUUCUCUGCUGUGAGAAUGUAAGAUGGAUCCAGAAGAGCAGGAACUAUUACAUGACUACCGAUACAAAAAUUACUCUUCAGGGAUUGAAAAGGCUUUAAGAAAUUUUGAGUCCUCCAGUGAAUGGGCGGAUCUCAUCUCUUCACUGGGCAAGCUCAACAAGGCUCUUCAGAGCAACCUGAAGUAUUCCCUGUUGCCACGACGGCUCCUCAUCAGCAAGAGACUGGCUCAGUGCCUGCACCCUGCCCUGCCCAGUGGGGUGCACCUGAAGGCCCUGGAAACCUAUGAGAUCAUCUUUAAAAUUGUGGGCACCAAAUGGCUGGCCAAGGAUUUGUUCCUGUACAGCUGUGGGCUGUUCCCGCUCCUGGCACACGCGGCCAUGUCGGUGCGGCCCGUGCUGCUGGGCCUGUAUGAGAAGUACUUCCUGCCACUGCAGAGGCUGCUCCUGCCCAGUCUGCAGGCCUUCACCAUCGGCCUGCUGCCCGGCCUGGAGGAGGGCUCGGAGAUCUACGACAGGACAGACGCCCUGCUCCUGCGCCUGUCCCUGGUGGUCGGCAAAGAGGUGUUCUACGCUGCCCUCUGGGGGAGUGUGCUGGCCAGCCCGGCCGUCCGCCUGCCCGCCUCGCUCUUUGUGGUCAGCCACAUCAGCAGGGACUCGCCGGGCAAGGAGCAGAAGCACAUGCUGGGGACGGACCACCAGCUCACGGUGAAGGCUUUGUGCGCAUCACUGUUGGAUUCCAAUGUUCUGGUGCAGAGAAACACUCUGGAAAUAGUUCUCUUCUUCUUCCCGCUGUACACCUGUCUGGAUUCCGAGGAGAGAGCCAUCCCCCUGCUCAGACCUGACGUAGUGCGCAUCCUGGCCGCUGCCGCCCAGACCCUGCUGCGGAGAGACAUGUCUCUAAACAGACGGCUGUACGCGUGGCUGCUAGGUUCAGACAUCAAAGGAAAUACCGUCAUGCCAGAAUCCGAAACCUCAAGUUCUUCCCAAGACCAGUCCUCGUAUUUUUUUGAAAAAUAUUCCAAGGACCUCCUAGUUGAGGGUCUGGCUGAGCUGCUGCACCAGGAGUUCUCAGACGCCGACGCAGAGGAACGCCACGCCGCGUACCUGAGGCCCUUCCGCAUCCUCACCAGCCUGCUGGACAAGCCGGAAAUAGGGCCUCAGGUGGUUGGGGAUUUGUUUCUCGAAGUCAUCCGGGCCUUUUAUUCCUACUGCAGAGACGCGCUUGGCUCCGAUCUCCAGCUUAGCUACACGCAGAGUGGGAGUCUGCUGACCAGUACAAUAAAAGAAAACAGAAAUGCCUCUGAGAUUGUUAAAACGGUGAAUUUGCUGAUCACUUCCCUCAGCACAGACUUUCUCUGGGACUACAUGACGAGGCGUUUUGAGGAUUGCUUUAGACCAGCGAAGCCGAGGCCCGCUGUGGAGAAGAGCGUCAGCCCUGCCCCCACGGCCUCGGAGCUCUGCACCCUCCUCGUGUUCCUGCUGGACGUCAUUCCCCUGGAGCUGUACUCUGAGGUGCAGACCCAGUACCUCCCGCAGGUGCUCGCCUGCCUGGUGCAGCCUCUGGCCGAGAACGUGGAGGCUUUGAGCUUGCCCGAGCUCACGCACGCCCUGAAGGCGUGUUUCAAGGUGCUCAGCAAGGUGCAGAUGCCGCCUUCCUACCUGGAUGCAGAGGCCAUGAGCGGAAACGCGAGUCCAGUAAAAGGUGAAAACGACCUAAUUUUAGACACAAAGGCUGUAAUCGCAGGUGAUGAAGAUGCUUCGUUUCCUGCACUGAAGUCUGAGGACAGCGGGAUCGGGCUCAGUGCGUCGUCGCCAGAGCUCUCGGAGCACCUGCGGGUCCCCAGAGUCUCCCCGGAAAGAGACGACGUCUGGAAGACGGGCGGGAGUAUGCAGAGGACGUUCUUUUGCCUCCAAGAGCUGAUUGACAACUUUGCGCACAAGCACAUCUUUGGGGUCCAGCUGACGGCGUCCGGAGAGGAAAGCAGGGCCGCGGAGCCCACAGGCCAGCGGGACGGGGCUGAGCCUCGGGGCCCAGAGCCCAGCCCCCGCGGCAGGAAGAACUCGUGGGACGCCAGGCCCAUCAGCGUGCCCCAGUUUAAGCAGAUGCUCUCAGACUGGUUCACGGUUCGAGGGUCUCCAUUUAAGACCAAAAAUGUGGAGGCACCAUCACCUUUGCCCAGCAGCCCCGGCCAGACAAAGGGAGACUGGGCCGUGGACCAGGUGGUCCCUGACCUGGGCGGCUCCAGCGAGGCCUGCAGGGAGGCCUUUGCCGCCGCCUGCCACCUGCUGCUGGACUGCGCCACCUUCCCCAUCUACCUGUCCGAGGAGGAGACGGAGCGGCUCUGGGAGACGCUCUUCCAGCCCCCCGGGGCCGGCGAGUCCAGUUUUCCCGCGUGGCUGAGAUCCCUCAUGACCAUUUGCUGCUGUGGGACUGACUGCUACCUCCAGAAUGUGGCCAUCUCCACGCUGCUGGAAGUGAUAAACCACUCCCAGUCCCUCGCUCUUGUCAUCGAGGACAAGAUGAGGCGCUAUAAAAGCUCUGGGUACAGCCCGUUUUUCGGCAAGCUGCAGAUGGUGACGGUGCCUCCCAUCGCGCCAGGAAUCCUGAAGGCCAUCGCCGAGAAAACGGACUUCUAUCAGAGGGUGGCUCGUGUGCUGUGGAACCAGCUGAACCAGGAGACCCGGGAGCACCACGUCACCUGCGUGGAGCUGUUCUACCGGCUGCACUGCCUGGCCCCGACGGCCAGCAUCUGCGAGGACAUCAUCUGCCACGCCCUCCUGGACCCCGACAAGGGAACCAGAUUGGAGGCUCUGUUCAGAUUUUCUGUCCUCUGGCACCUGACUCGGGAGAUCCAGGGCAGCCGAGUGACAUCACACAACCGCUCCUUUGACAGGUCCCUGUUCGUGGUGCUGGACAGCCUGACCUGCACGGACGGUGCCAUUGGCGCGGCGGCCCAGGGCUGGCUGGUGCGGGCACUGUCUCUCGGGGACGUGGCACGCAUCCUCGAGCCCUUGCUCCUGCUGCUGCUCCAGCCCAAAACCCAGCGGACUUCCAUUCACUGCCUCAAGCAGGAGAACUCGGCGGAAGACUUGCAUCGUUGGUUUAACAGGAAGAAAACCUCUUUCAAAGAGGCAUGUGGCGUGCCCGAGGGCAGCUCGGAGGAAGGCGUGCCUCUGAACCAGUUCACCACCGUGGACCGUGAGGCCAUCUGGGCCGAGGUGGAGAAGGAGCCAGAGAAGUGCUCACCGGGAAGCCAGCUGAGCGAGGAAGACCUUCCCUACUACACGGACCUUCUGGACAGAACGGCCCGAGAUGCUCCCGACAGCAGCGAGCACACCGAGUCCGCAGACACGAGCUCCGUCCACACAGACAGCGAGAACACGUCCUCCUUGUCCUCCCCCUCCCACGACCCACAGGAGCUGAGCAACGAAGAGGGCUGCUGUGCGCCCAUCCCCACGGGCGGCAGGGCUUACCCCCGGCCCGCAGCCUUCCUGGCGGAGAGUUUCAAGUCCAGUGCCAAGUUAAGCUUGGCGCGUGUGGACUCGGACAGGACCCAGGCCUCCGAGUCCUUCUCCAGUGACGAGGAGGCCGACGCGGAGCUCCAGGCCCUCACCACGUCCCGGCUGCAGAAGCAGCAGCGGGAGCGGCAGGAGAUGAUCGAGGCCUUGUUCAAGCACAUCCUGCUCUACCUGCAGCCCUACGACUCCCGGCGGGUCCUCUACGCCUUCUCCGUGUUGGAGGCCGUGCUCAAAACCAACCCCAAGGAGUUCAUCGAGGCCGUGUCCCGGACCAGCAUGGACACCAGCUCCACCGCGCACCUCAACCUCAUCUCCAACCUCCUGGCGCGCCACCAGGAGGCCCUCGUGGGCCAAAGCUUCUAUGGCAAACUCCAGACCCAGUCCCCCAACGUGUGCCCCCACUCCCUGCUGAUCGAGCUCCUCACCUACCUGUGCCUGAGUUUCCUGCGCAGCUACUACCCUUGUUACCUAAAGAUCUCCCACCGAGACCUGCUUGGCAACCGGGAUGUCCAGGUCAAAAGCGUGGAGGUUUUGAUUAGGAUCAUGACGCAGCUGGUCGCUGUGGCCAAGUGCACGGAAGGGAAGAGCGUGGAGUUCAUCCGCAGCCUGCUGCAGAGGUGCAAGGUGCAGGAGUUCGUCCUGCUGUCCCUGUCGGCCUCCAUGUACACCAGCCAGAAGCGCUACAGCCUGGCCACCACGGAGCGAGGCCGGGCCCCGCGGGAAGACUGCCUCUUCGAGGAGCAGCUCAUCAACUUGGGCCAGGACCAGAUCUGGAGUGAGCACCCGCUGCAGAUCGAGCUGCUGAAGCUCCUGCAGGUGCUGAUCGUCUUGGAGCAUCACCUGGGCCAGGCCCACGAGGAGGCUGAGCACCAGCCAGACCUGUCGCGGGAGUGGCGGCGGGCCCUGGACUUCCAGCAGGCCAUCGGCGCCAUGCAGUACGUGCAGCCGCACCCCCUCACCUCCCAGGGGCUGCUGGUGUCUGCCGUGGUGAGGGGCCUGCAGCCGGCCUAUGGCUACGGCAUGCACCCGGCCUGGGUGAGCUUGGUCACGCAGUCCUUGCCGUACUUCGGAAAGUCCCUGGGCUGGACAGUGACACCCUUCAUUGUCCAGAUUUGUAAAAACUUGGACGAGCUGGUCAAACAGUAUGAAAGCGAAUCAGUGAAGCUCUCUGCCAGCAUCACCGCCAAGAGGGAAAACAUCGCUCCGGAUUACCCACUCACCCUUCUGGAAGGUCUGACAACCAUCAGUCAUUUUUGUCUUUUGGAACAACCCAACCAAAAUAAAAAGGCCGCGGCUGUGAGUGACCCCACCAGCCUGAAAAACGCCAAGAACGCCAUUCUGGAGGAGCUGCCUCGCGUCGUGAACACCAUGGCCCUUCUCUGGGACGUGCUCAGGAAGGAGGAGGCACAGAGGAGGCCCGUGGACCUUCUGGGAGCCAUGAAGGGGUCCUCUUCCGUUUAUUUUAGGACCACCAAGACCAUACGCCAAAAAAUUUUAGACUUCUUGAACCCCUUGACGGCCCACCUCGGAGUGCAGCUGACGGCCGCCGUGGCGGCGGUGUGGAGCAGGAAGAGAGUGAAGCGGCACAGUAAGGUGAAGAUAGUCCCUGUGGCAAGCGCGUUCCAGCUCACCCUCGUCGACCUGAUGUGUGCACUCAGCACCCUGCAGACAGACACGGUGCUGCACCUGGUGAAGGAGGUGGUGAGGAGGCCGCAGAUCCGGGGGGACCAGAAGUCGCCGCUUGUGGACGUCCCUGUGCUGCAGUUCUGCUAUGUUUUCAUCCAAAGGCUCCCAGCGACAACCUUGCAGGAGAACUUCCCCUCGCUGCUGGGCGUGCUGAGGGAGUCUGCGCAGCUGAACCUGGCCCCCCCGGGGUACUUCCUGCUUCUCAGCAUGCUCAACGACUUUGUGACACGCACGCCCAGCCUGGAGAGCAGGAAGGAUCAGAGGGACCUGCAGGAAGUCACUCAAAAAAUCCUGGACGCCGUGGCGAACAUUGCUGGCUCUUCCCUAGAACAAACCAGCUGGCUGAGCAGAAACCUGGAGGUGAAGGCGCAGCCUCAGAUCGCCCUGGAGGACUCAGACGCCGAGGAGGAUGUGUGCGCAGAUGCUGCUGCCGCUGCUUCGGCCAUGGUGUCCGCGUCCGCCCCCUCGGUGUACAGCGUGCAGGCCCUCUCUCUGCUGGCGGAGGCCCUGGCGUCGCUCCUGGACAUGGUCUACCGCAGCGACGAGAAGGAGAAAGCCGUGCCGCUGGUCUCCCGCCUGCUCUACUACGUGUUCCCGUACCUGCGCAACCACAGUGCCUACAACAUGCCCAGCUUCCGGGCGGGCGCCCAGCUGCUGAGCUCUCUGAGCGGCUACGCCUACACGAAGCGGGCCUGGAAGAAGGAGGUGCUGGACUUGUUCCUGGACCCGGCGUUCUUCCAGAUGGACACGGCCUGUGCGCAUUGGAAGUCCAUUAUUGACCAUCUUCUGACUCAUGAGAAAACAAUGUUUAAAGAUUUAAUGAGCAUGCAGAGCAGUUCCUUAAAACUGUUCCCAAGUUUUGAGCAGAAAGCCAUGCUGCUAAAGCGCCAGGCUUUUGCUGUCUUCAGUGGCGAACUCGACCAGUACCACCUGUACCUUCCCCUGAUACAAGAACGCCUGACAGACAAUCUCAGAGUUGGACAGACACCCCUAGUUGCUGCUCAGAUGUUUCUUUUUUUCAGAGUUUUGCUGCUAAGAAUAUCUCCCCAGCAUUUGACUUCCCUGUGGCCAAUAAUGGUCUCUGAAUUAAUUCAGGCAUUCAUACAGCUGGAGGACAAUCUGAAAGAGGAUGAGGAAUCAUUGAGAAACAGCAAUAAAAUCAACAAAACAAAAGUUUCAGUUCCUGACGGAAAUGGGCCCUCAAUGGGGGAAAUGCCCCAGAACGAACUCAUCUUCUAUUUAUCAGCUUGCAAAUUCCUGGACACGGCACUUUCUUUUCCACCUGACCAGAUGCCCUUGUUUCAGACGUACAGGUGGGCGUUCGUUCCCGAAGUGGACACAGAGGGCCCCGCCCUCCCGGCAGAGCUGGAGGAGGGUCAGCAGGAAUGCACGCCCCACACCGUGAGGAUUCUAGAACGUCUAAAGUUAAAAUACGGGGAAAUCAGCAGCUCUGAUGAGGUCACCACGCAGAGCGGAUUCCCUCUUCUGCGCCAACACUCGGUGUCCAGCCUGAGGCAGCUGGUGCCGUUCUUCACGACGCUAAACUGUGCUUUUAAAGCCCAGAGCAAGCCGCCCGCGGACACCCGAGGUCCUCCCCUCCGGGAGGGCCCUGUCAUGGACAGCCCGAGGGUCUUGAAACAGCUGGAGGGGUGUGUGGAGUGCGAUUUUCUGGAGCAUCUGGAAUGUUAACCUCCGAGACAACUGGUUUCGUCCUUUACUGAGUCUUCAGCGGAAGCGGAUUCUGCACAGGGAGCAGCCAGGCAGGCUUUGCAGACACGCUAGUCCGCUGGGAUGCGGACUUCAGGUCAUUUCCUGCUGAGCAGCCAGUCCACUUCCCCAAAGGCCUUGUAAUAUAUGUGGAUUGAAUUAUACGUUUCUUCCUCAAUUUAUGUAAAGAAAAUAAAGUUAAUAUAUCAUCUAA